CAGCUGGAAAAUUGAAGUCGUCGUUAAAUCUCUCUAUACUUGAUUUGUGAAGAAAACGACAGUCUUGUAAUAUCAUUCAACUGUGAGUAUUUUGUCUUCUCUCAAAAACCAAAAUUUUAUAAUUUUAUGCUGUGUCAAUUAAAUAUGAAUGUUUUUUUUUUUGGCAAUUGAGACUAUUCUUAAACUCUAAGAUGUUAAAGGUAUUUUUGGACUUCUUUAGUUUCCACCAUUGUUAAUUUAGCUUCUGCAAAGUGAAUAAGCCAAUUGUUGUUACUACCAUACUGAAGCUAUAAAAAGCAUUUGCCCCUUGAAAAAAGGAAAUCUAAAUGGAUUACACAGUGGUUUGGUUUUCCCUGAAGAAUGACAAGGCAAUUUUGGACUGUAGUUGGACUUCAGGACAUUUGGACAUUUGAUGUAAUAAUUUCUAUUUCAGCAUUCACUGAUGAAUAAGUGAGAAUUGGAGCAGAGAAUGGCAAAUACUUAUGUCACUACAUCUGAUGGGUACUGUCUUGCUGAACCAGUGCAGUACUAUGAUAUUCUGCCAGAGCAAAUCAAUUAUCAGCUGCACGACACUGAUUUUCAAGAAUCACCUUAUUGCCAGUAUUCUACUGUCCAGUUUCCAUCAGCUCUACAGACCCAAUCUUUACAAAGUCACUUCAGCUCUUAUAGCUUGGAUCCACAGUUCAGUGGUGGAGAAUGUGGAUUUGGUUCCUAUGAAUUAAGCAAACCCACCUUUGUGGUUGACCAUGAUGCUGAAGACGGAUACUCUGGAAUAAAAAGGUCCAGACUAACGCAUUCUUCUAUUCAGCUUAAGCGACAGGAAGAACUCUGUGUAGUUUGUGGUGAUAAAGCAUCAGGAUAUCAUUAUAAUGCGCUUACUUGUGAAGGUUGCAAAGGUUUUUUUCGACGUAGCAUUACCAAAAAUGCAGUAUAUCAUUGCAAGAAUGGUGGCCACUGUGAAAUGGACAUGUACAUGCGUAGGAAAUGUCAAGAGUGCAGACUGAAAAAGUGUAAGGCAGUGGGAAUGUUGGCAGAAUGUUUGCUCACAGAAAUCCAAUGCAAAUCAAAGAGACUUCGAAAGAACUUUAAACAGAAGAACAGUUUUUACUCUAGCAUCAAAGUGGAAGAGGAAGGAGUAGACAAGCUUGUAUCAUCCACCACUAAAUCUGGAAAAGUGAUUAAGGAGAGCAUGGAACUAACUCAAGAGGAACAUCAGCUCAUUAAUAACAUUGUGGCUGCUCAUCAAAAAUAUACAAUUCCUUUGGAGGAAACAAAGAAAUUUCUGCAGAAGUAUGCAAAUCCUGAACUGAGCUUUUUGCGACUCUCAGAGACAGUGGUUCUACACCUACAGGGGUUAAUAGAUUUUACCAAGGAACUCCCAGGAUUUGAAAAUUUGACAAUUGAGGACCAGACUGCAUUACGCAAAGGAUCAAAAACUGAAGUGAUGUUCCUUCAUGGGGCCCAACUUUACAGUCAGAAACAAUGUCUUUCAUCAGCUUCUGAAAGUACCAUGAGAAUAGCAGAUCAUUCAGAUCAUUCACUGAAUUUUCAUAAUCAGAGUGAUAAUAGAAAUGUUAUUUAUUCUGUGGAAACAUUUCACAAUGAAGACUGUCUUCCUACUACACUGACUGGUAUUGCUGAAGAAUUUAUUACUACACUGUUUUACUUCUAUAGAAGAAUGAGUGAACUUAAUAUUACUAAUAUUGAAUAUGCUCUGCUUGCAGCAACAACCGUGUUUUUUUCAGAUCGUCCACACCUUAAAAAUAAGCAACAUGUGGAAAAUUUACAAGAACCAAUUUUACACAUUUUGUACAAAUAUUCAAAAAUUUAUCAUCCGGAAGACCUACAACAUUUUGCUCAUCUCAUAGGGAGGCUCACUGAACUGAGAACGCUGAAUCACAACUACUCAGAAAUACUUGGCACUUGGAAAGCAAAGGACCCCAAAUUGGCUAGUUUACUCUUGGAGAAAUGGAAUUUGUAUUCACAUUGCUGAAAUUUUAGAAUGUUGUUGUGGUUUGCCUUAAAACUUUCUAAAUCUAGAUUAUGUACUCUAUCAUCAUAGGAUAACUGCUUUGAAAAACAAACCGGAUUGCUAGGUUUGUUAUAGCAAUAUAUCACCAUAAAAUGGACUUUAUCAGUGCUCAUCAAGUUUUGUGAAAUAUAGGACCAACCACUAGAGGGACAUCUAGGAUUCUCUUCAAGAUUUGACUCAAAAGAAACAAUGACUGUUACUGCAUGGUUCCUUUAAAUGUAAAUAAAGCUAAAUAGAGUUCUUACCUGAAGAAACUCUACUUUUUCUCCUUUACUAGAAAAUUGAAUGAAAACAUAUGGAUUAUAGACAUGAGAAAGGCUAUCUAGUGGAAACAACUGUAAUCAGAAUAGUUUGUGAGCCUCAUUUAAAUUAGGCCAGAUUGAUGGAUUAAGAACUAACAUUUGAACUUAUUCCUGUUGAAAUUUUAUGAAUUAUUAAAGAGGAACAAAACUUUGUUCAACUCUUACCAUUUUUAAAUUUUUUUUAAGAAGAAAUCUUUA